CAAAACAAAGUGGGAAACGUGCAUUACUAACUAGUGAUCUUACCCCAGUGCUUUCAGAGGAUGACAUUCCGGAUUCUAGCGGUUUUCCUGCUUUGUGCCACUAUUUCACAACUAAUAAGUUGUGAAAAAUAUCCCGAGGAUGAAGAGACAGCAUUGAAAGUCUUUCAAAUAUGGAAGAAAGAGCACAACAAAGUGUACCGAAAUCACGUGAUAGAAAGCAGAAAGUUCAACACCUUCAUGGAAAAUCUGAAAGUCAUCAAUGAACUCAAUGUUAAGUUUGAAGAGAAGACAGUCUUUGGCUUGAACCAUCUGGCAGAUCUGAGUCAGAAGGAAUUUUCCAAAACAGUAUUAAUGCCCAAAAGAAGAGCCCCAAUUUUUGAAAAAGAAAGAUAUAUCAGAAGUUCACUCUCGGGAUCUCUUCCAGACUCGUUCGAUUGGUCGAACCAAAACAAAGUCACAGCAAUCAAGGAUCAAGGUGCUGCCGGGUCAUGCUGGGCUUUCAGUGCUAUUGGUAACAUUGAGGGACAAUGGGCAAUGAUGGGGAAACCUCUGACAAAUUUUUCUGUGGAGCAGAUUGUGGACUGUGACGGAAUGGAGGAUGUACCAAAGGGUGAGGCAGACUGCGGAGUUUUUGGAGGUUGGCCUUUUCUGGCUUACCAGUACGUCAUGAAAGCGGGAGGUUUGGAGACCUGGGAAGAUUACUGGUAUUGUUCCGGUCUAGGUGGCGCUCCGGGCACAUGUGAGGUUUGCCCCGCCCCUGGCUACAACACAACACUCUGUGGCCCACCUAUACCCUACUGUAAUAUGAGUCAGAGCUGUGUCACAAAAUUAGACGUCAGCAAGUUUCAUCCAGGUUUAAAAGUAGUGUCCUGGAAAGCCAUUGAUGAGAAUGAAACAUCAAUCGCAGAGCAGCUCAUUAAACUGGGACCCUUGUCUGUGGCGCUCAACGCCGAGCUUCUACAGUUCUACCACCAUGGGAUCUUUGAUCCGCCAUCCUUUGUCUGUAACCCAAAAAGUUUGGAUCAUGCUGUGUUGCUAGUGGGUUUUGGAUCAGAAAAAUCUAUUUUCGGAACCAAAGACUAUUGGAAAAUCAAAAACUCGUGGGGUCCUAAGUGGGGCGAGAAAGGUUACUUUCGAAUGCUACGCGGACAAGGGAAAUGUGGAAUAAAUACUGCAGUCACUACCGCCAUAUUGGAUCAAAAUUAGAUCUCACGUCUUAACUUACGAUCUUGCUCAAUAGUCUUAACAACAAAACAUUUCGCUACGUGAUAAUUGUGCCAUGAAUGCGAGUGAUGAUGUAAUUUUGUACAGAAAUAGUUACUAGCAGAUUUGUUUGUGUAUUAAAAGUUGAAUAUAUGUAUUUUAACUUAAAUUUUAAAAGUUCA